CGCGGAGGAGAACGAGGAGCAGCUGGGAUUCAAAGCGUUAACGCUCGGGGAACCUGCGGCUUCACGGAGCCGCCUCCCGCAGCUCUGCAGGGUUUUUACAUGUUCCUCACAUCUGGGGUCCGGAGGGGCCCCCACAUGCCUGGAGAGACUGGGGGGGGGGACAGGCGUCUGCAUGUCUGCCGCGAGGACGGACGCUUAAAUAGCUGGACGUCCAGCUGCCGCUCUCACUUCCCGACUCGUCUGCAGGUGGAGGACGUCGACAUGGUCCCACUGAGGCUGCUCGGCUUCGGCUUGCUCGCUGCCGCUUGGUGCUUCACUCGAGCUGCUGAAGGUGAGGUCAUCUACGCGUGUCACAACGACACCGCUGAGAUGUCGUGUGACAUCGGCAGUAAGAUCAACCUGGAGCACAUCCUGUACAAGGUGGGCGUGGGGACGAGGUGCGGCGAGGGGAAGCGUCACCCCGACGACGGGCCCGACACCUUCUGCUCCUUCCCCUGGGCCGAGAUGGUCGUGGAGGAUCUCUGUGGGAACAAGCGCUCCUGUCAGGUCCCGGUCACCGAGCUGGUGUUCGGUGAAUACGAGUGUCAGGAGCAGACGCGCUACCUGGAGGUGUCCUACACCUGCGUGGCCCCGCCCCCUCCUCCACCGCCCCCACCUCCGCCCAAACCCGACUGUGAAGAGGAUCCAGCUGCCGAGGCCUGAAGCUUUUAAAACUUUAUUGUUCGUCACGGUGGACAGAAGUUAGUACGAAGAGCCCGUCAGCUCCACGUCCAACACCAGACGAACCAGAACCAGAACCAGAACCUGAACCUGAACCUGAACCUGAACCUGAACCAGGUGUCGGCGCUGCAGCCGUGUUACCUCAGAGUUUAGAUGUUAGAACACACGAUUCUCUCAGACUGUCCUGUUUGAAUUAAAAUAAAUGACUCAUGUGAAUCA